GCUGGGAAAUAUAAGUGCGGCGACAUAACAUAUAGGACGGCCGUAGUACACGGGAAAGCAAACGAAGAGGUCGUCUUGGCUACUGUUGAAUGGUUUCUAUGGGCUGAUCGCAGUGUGACUGUGACAACGACCCUUCUCCCCCCGACUUAUCGCUGGCCGGACUGGCAUGUAAGAGUUCAUCACAUCAAAGCAGCUGGACCUCUCAGUAGGCUGUUCACAGCAGAAGGCGGUUUCGCCAUCAAUAGCCGUCAACAACGAAACACCCGUAAUCUGCUUGAGAUGGCUGAUGAUGACUUUGAUGACACCUGCGAGCUCGGCCAAGAAGAAAUGAUUAUCAUCGGCGCCAACUCGCUCCUGAUUCUGGGCGAAUCAGGUGCAUCUGGAAUCAGUGCCGAUGUAAUCUCAAGCGCACCAAUGUCGACCAAAUUUUCACCAUUAAAGCCAGAGGCUAACACCAACAUCAUGACCCAGCGCUCUCUUAUCCCCAUGAUAGAAAGCAAUAUCAUAAGUCUGGGCCAGACUGAUGAUGUAGUCAUUGUCACCAAAGUCUUUGCUAUCUCAAGCAACGCAUAUCUAGUUCGAAGUGGUCAGGCAAGGAGUCUGAAGCAACGAUGGGCAGACCAGCCAAGCAUCCGUCUCAUGGACACACCUGACCAAACCCAAAUCUCAGAGGACUUCAUAUCAUUGUAG